ACUAUGAAAUAGUGUCACGCCUCUAUACACUUGUAAUGUGAGCAGAACUUCUAACCACGACGGAGGUGUUUCCUGACAGUGGUAGAAAUAUCGUUUUGGGUUUAUGACGUUCGGAUUCACCAAUCCAUUUUCCUUACUGUACUGAAGGAGCAUUAUUUUAUGUUUUUAUCUCCUUCUUGGGUUUAUUUGGCGUGUGUACGAAUUAAAAGGAAACCUUUUGAAAAUUGAAAGAAACAUUUCAAGGAAUCGCACAGCGGAACACCAUAUAAUCGAGGUGAGGCAACGUUAUGCGUUAUUUGAUGUGUGUUAACAGAAGGUUCCUCAUGACUCACUUAAGUAUUGUAGAAUCAGUUUAAAAGGUUCAAAGGAUUUGUGUUUGGUGCUCUAAUGGAAUAAGCCUUUGCACAUGUCAGUCAAGAGCACACUUUGUUCUUUGUUGUUGAGAAAUCGUCAUUUGUCACCGCUCACAUGCAUCGCUCAUAGCUAGGUUGAAAAUGUUUGCAUGAAAGACUUUUCGACCAUUUUCUCGGAGAAUGUCGUAGAUGAGCUGGCUUUCCAAGUGUUAAGCGACCAGUCGUUACAUCUUUAUCCGCUUCAGUGCCGUUGACGCCAUUUUUAUAAUAUAACCAAAGAGACAAACGCGCGCGCCGAGUACUUGCGACAAAUUUAUCUGUUACAAAUCCACAGGUGUUUCAGUCAGGAACAGGCACGAUAGAUUUGGCGAUAAAUUGUAGCGCUGAUCCCUUUAUUUAGCCAAGAAAUAAAGGAAAUCUUUCGAAAUAAUUUACGUCAAAAAUAUUACAGUGCGAUAAAUCGGGCUCGAAAUUUCUUGUGGUUUGUGUCAAAAGGUUCCUUUGUGUUCAAACAAACACAAAAGCGGCAACAUGAUUUGUUUCCCCAUGCAUGUCGUUUUCACUGUUUAUUUCGAUCUGUGUCAUGCUAACUUCAUGCCAGCAAUUCGUAUAUUUUGUCCAACAGAAGAGAACGAAAGUUUCACGCACUACGUUCUGCAGUGUUCGCACGAUGAGUUUUUAAUUAGAUAACCGAGCACAAUUGGAGAAACCUUGUUGAUAUUUGAUAAACACGAUUCUUGUGCCACAUGUCGGCUUGAUCAAAGAUUCUUGAAUUGUGUUUACAAAACUUUUAACUGUUUUCUCUUUGCAUGCCCGGAGAGAAAAAAAAUCAGCUUCUCUCACCAGAUUCGUAACAAGGAUUUAAUUUCAUUUGUUUGUCUUUCUCAUUUUACGAGUGAAAAUUGGCUUUGCUUUCAAGCACGAAUUUAUUAUUUCCGGUGGUUUUGGAAAUUUUGUGAAAAGACUGCGAAGAUUUAUAAAGAUUUCGUGACUUCCAUAAACAACGGCAAUUUCGAUCGGAUUGAUCGGCAAGUCGGCAGGUGUUGACCGUCUGAUAUCGGUGUCACUGUUUUUCCUGUUUGACUCUUUCUUUUUUUCUUUUUGUCUGCACGUGUCGUAAUGCCCAUCAUUUGUGGAAGAACAGUGGAGGGAAGCUGCUACUCAUUUUUCUGGUUUUAUAAACAGCCCACAUAGUCCUCUGCUGUUUCUUUAAUUUCAGGAUACAAAGAUGACAACUUUUUGUUUUGAGUCAAAAGCUCUGUUCACUGCCCGUCUUAACAGCGACUUUAGCGAAUGAAGUGGUAUCUUGCGCAAGAUUUCUUUAAUAUCUCCGUAAAUGGCACGUUUUCCAAAAGACAAAACAAUCCUUUAUUCGGGUACUUUGAGACCUCAAGCAGCGUAGGUGAAAUAGCCCUCGGCUAAAUCUUAUUGCACUUACGUGUCAAAUGUUUUUUCUGCAACUGGCAUUAAGAAAAUUGGUUGUGCUGUUAACUAAAGGCAUUUGAUAGUUGAUAACAAUUUGAGAGAUACAUCGACGGAGGAGAAGUUUUUGUUUUGGACGUAUUUUUUCGCUGUUCAAAACGAUAUGUGUUGACAGUAAGUUUUUGUCAUGUCACCAAGCCAUUAUGUUUCCAAUUUGUGUCAAAUUUUUUUGCUGUAUCUGAUUUGCCUUAAAAAUACUUUCAGGCAUGCUGUCGUUUUUAUUUGAAACAAUGAACAUAAGAAAGUUUGCCACAUAUGAAUAUUACAGAAAAAAAUGCUUGAAACAGUCACAUUCCUAAGAUCAAAACCAGCAAUUUCAAAAUUCAAGUAAUUUAAUCCGCCCUUCUUGCCGAAAAUUAAGGGGAUUACAAAUUGUCGGUAAUUGAACCGUGAACAAACAAGAAAACGGAAAUGGGACAUUUACAUUUUGUUUUAAAUAUCUUUUUGUAGGUUGUCACUGAUCUUUUCCUUUGAUCCCUCAUUAUUUGUUGUUUAUACAACGGAAAUUUUUCACUUUCCGGUGCAAAUGGAACAGAAUGAUUUAAUUUACACCGGUUCGUAGCUAGAGGUUUUGCCAGAAAGACUAGUGAAUUGUUUUUAUUCUCUCUUUUAUCGAACUUUUCAUCAUAAGAGAGCCACAACAAUGGACCUUUUAGCAGUUAAAGUGGUAUUGAAAACCACCUCUAAAUUUCAAAGCAAACACACUCCUUACUGACCAGAUAAUCAUCAAAUCGAAACUCCAGAAAAUGGCAUAUUUGCAAUAGUAUUGUUUUAAGAACAGGAGCCAAUUUAACAAUGGAAAUAUAGAUUUUAAUCAGAGUAGCACUUGUAAAUUAAGUCUAUAAGAAGUUAUAGACAGUACAAAAUUUUGUUGCCAGAAUUAUUUUUUGCAACAUUCCACAAUACCUGCUUUACAAAUUAUCUUCUUGAUACAAACAUUGAGCUUUUUCUCUAACUUAACACCACAAUUUUAAAACAAAAAUAAAUAUUGAGGGGCCAUGAGAAUGUGCCCUUCAAAACAAACCAGCUGAGACCUUGAAAAACUCUUGAAGGUUUUCACUCUCUGAGGGAGUUGAUUUGUGCAGGUCUGCCAAAAAAAAAAUUUUUUUCAGAAAGGACAUGAUAGAAGUGUAAUUGUGGACAAUAUUUUUUUAAGCAGGUGGCUCGAAGAAAAAAUCCAAGUUAGUAAAAAAACAUUGUUGUGCUUAAGCUCAUCAACUUUCCAGUCCUAGCAAUAUGCAAGGUGUUUGUCACAUGAAUCUAAUAGCCCACCUUUGAUAAAUCAAAAUUCUAACAUGAUCACUCCCAGGCUUUCUGGUCAUAUUACUAGAUUUGGUUUGGUUUUCUUUGUACUCAAGUCUCCUCUGGGAUUUGCAAGACAAUGGAGUCAUGAAAAAAUUGCAACUUUGCCCCUAAAGCCUUGGCGUCAUGUUAGAAUUUUAACAUUAUUUUUAUAUCAAACGUGUGUUAUUAAUUUUAGUGGACUUAGCUCCCUAAGUCUCUUGUAGCUCAGUGGUAGAGCAUCUGGACUAGUCAGUAACCAGAAGGUCAUGGGUUUGACUACUCAUGGAAGUACUCAGGUUUUUUCUUCCAAGCUGCCUGUGUUACUGAAUAAAAAAACAUCUUUCUUGUAGAAAGGACACAUGUCCGACCAGCUGGUCACCAUUUUAGUCGGACAAACCAGAACAGUUAUAGGAGAUUCAUUACGUGGACCUUUUAUUUCAAAUUUUAAUUUUUAAAAAUUAUUUAACUGUGUAAAUAUUCAGGGUAUAAAAUGACAGCCCGAGUAUUUGAUCUGUCCGGUUAUUAUGUCUGACUGCAAGUAGGAUUAACACUGUUAACUGGCUCAACUUUUCAUGUGACCAUUCACACGGACGCACUUCAGUGUAAAGCACUGAAACAUCGACUGUUUUACUUCAGAAUGCCCCUGGGUUUAUUUGGUGUAUUUAAUUGACCUGAUCUUGAAGUCGUCAUUGAUACAAAAUAUUUAAUCUAGUUGGUUUUUCUUUGGUGCAAGAUUAAGAUAGCAGGAGCCCCAGGAAGGAAACUGGGGCAUAUAGUCACUGUGUUCAGCGGAGUGGGGCUUUAAAAAUCUUAUGAGAAAAUGGAGUCUAUGAUUGGAAGAGGCUUAUGUUGGUUUUCGUUGAGGUAGCAUGUAUGUUGUGCAUUUAGCUUACUCAUUUCACUGAAUUAUUAAGCACUUUAGAACUGUCAUGUGCCUGGUUGUUAUUGUUAUUAUUUGAUGUUGUAAGAGGAUCGGCUUUUAUGUCCCAUUAUGUUUUUUCAGGUGUAAAUUUCAUUUUAAUUUGUUUUCUUUUAUUAAACUGUUUAUUGCUAUGUGAUCAUGUUACACUCUGUCUGUUGGGGUACACUGUUUGUGAAGCGGUAUUUUUUGGGUGGGUAUGUGCCGCCCGGGACUCCAAAUUGGCACCCCGUUCUAAAAAAAAAAUCCCCUAAAAUUGAUACCCCGUUCUAGAAAUGGGCCAAUUUUUUAUAUCCCGUUCUAGAAUUUGCCCUAAAACUGAUACCCCGUUCUAGAAAUGGGCCAACUUUUUAUACUCCGUUCUAGAAAGUUUAUAAAUUGAAAUAGCCCUGGUUUUUUAAAAAUAUAUUUCUUUAUUUGUUCGACUUAUACAUUAAAUAAAUGCUUCUUCAUAAUCGGCAACAAUUUUAAGCGGAAGAUGAAGCGGUGAUCCACAAUUUUUUAUACCCCGUUCUAGAAAACGCCUCUGAAAUGGAACCUGAAGAUGGGACUAGAUAACUUUAGGUCUUUGAGUUGUCUCUGAUUGUAUGGGCAAUAGAGAAUCAGUCAAGACUAUAUAAUGAAUUUUUAUUUUCUGUCAGAAAGAGUGAAAGUCGCAGAUUUUUGUGAAACAUUUUUGAAGUGAGUCCCACUUAUGACAUUCCAGAAAAUGGAAUGAAGUAUUAUUAAUUGCAUGGAGAGUAUUUGCAUAGUGUGUUAUUUCUGUUUUUGAUAAAACACACUUACUGUUUAUUAUUCAUUACUUUCAGGUGAGCUGAUUCCAUUCACUGUUCUCUUCAACAAGGGACACACCAACUUGCUAUUAAUAGACUCUCUAACAACAAGAUGGGAGAAAUGUACGUGAUAAUAACAACAAGAAACAUUCUAUGGAUGGUACUAUCUGUAGUUGCUGCUUUAGCAGUCGUCACUGGGAUCAUGACACCUAAGUGGCUAUAUGGAAGAACAGAACCAUUUGUGGGUGACUUGAAGGUUAACUCUACAAAAGGAAUCACCUCUGACUUGUUGUACCAACCUUCCAUUGGGAUUUACAAUCGCUGUAGAAAAAUUCAAAGAUCCAUUGGUGGUGUUCCUGAGUUAAACUGUUAUAAAUACGCCAGUGACUUCAUGGACAUACCUUCAGCAGCGUGGAGGGCUUGUCUGUUUUUUCUCUGUUUGGGAGCAUUUCUUCUAGGAGUCGUUGCAUUAAUGUCAUUAAUCGGAUUCUGUGUGCAAAGUGUUGGAAGGAAGUCUAUUUUCUCACUUGGGGGAGUGAUUCAAGCAAUGGCAGGUAAUUUCACCAUUUAGCUUAAUGAAUGUGCUUGAAGCAAGGUGUUAGCCGGAAGAGUGUCCAACCAUCCUACGGACACCCAUUUUUGGAAGAAAUACAAGAAAAAUCUACUUAAUCUCUUAUAAUUUUAUGGGAAAACAUGCCUUCUGGACAGCCAGGUUUUAAUUUCUGGCUAAAAGCCUGGCUUGAGGUCAAAGUUAUAGCAAUUUUAAACCCCCACCUCCAUAUAGAGUGGAACUGGUGUCUAAAAUCCUGCCAUGUACAAAAGUCCUUGGGACAGUAAUGCAGUAUUCAGCAUAAUGUUCUGUAAUUUCUGGGUUCCCUGUCAUAAAAUUUUCAGUUUAUCCUUUUGGAAAUUUUCUUGUGGUUCUUCCUUCCCCACCCUAUACAAAGUUAAAACUAAGCAAAAAUUAUGGAUGCACACAUUCAUUGUUGUUUGUGGGGUAAGGGGGAGGUUGGGCAUGUGUGAAUUAAUUGAAAAAGGCCCCAUUGGAUGCGUAUAGUAAAAGUGUCUUAAGACUUCAGUCCAUGAUUAUAGGCUCAGGUGGACAAAACUGGGAAAAAAUUGACCGUUGAAUGCACAGAAUUCAUAAAAAACUGCUAACUAGUCAGUGGGGGUGUAUAAAGGCUAUAGAAAUAUAAGGAUAUGUAUGAUUUCAUAAAUCAUUAUAACUUGUUUGAAAAAAAAGAACGCUAGAAAUUUUGACUCCAUAAGGUUAUUCACCACGUACUGUGAAGGCACCUUCCUGCCAUCAAACCCAAAUCAAAAUUCAGAAGCAGCGAAUCUGAAUAAUUGAAACUAAGUGGUCAUAACAGGCCGGCCAGUUGCAUGAUGGCGUCAUUUUACUACUACGACCAGAAUCCUUUUUGUUUUUCCUUUCAUAUUCUAAUUUGGUAUUCCUAGUGAGGUUUCGAAAAAAACAAAAGCCCUAAUUAGCACAAGAAAGCAAAAGUCUGAAGGAUCCUGGUCAUAGUAGUAAAAUGACGUCGUCGUGCAAAUGGCCUAUUGCAAUCAUUCAAGAUUUUAAUAUUAUUGUAAUGCUGGCCCUUAUCAUACACUUCGUGCCUUUGUAAAGAUGCAGUGGACUAUAUUAUUCGAUUUUUUACUGCUAUCAUGUGCUUGAAUUCUGCCUAUCAUAAAAAAAAAUCAUUAGUUUGUUUUACUUCUGUUUCUGCAGCACUCUUUCUCGUCAUUGGACUCAUUCUUUAUCCAGCUGGUUGGGGCAGUAAAAUAAUUGAUGAAUUGUGCACUCGACCAAUUAUCCAGAAACCUGGAGCAUUUGUGAUCAAUGAUUGCUCACUUGGAUGGGCUUUUUUUGUGGUGCUUGGAGGGACACUGUUGUCAUUUCUGUGUUCCUUGUUAUCAUCUCAAGCAGAGAAGUCCACAUCAAGUGAUGAUGUUCAGGACCAGAUAUCUGAUGGAAGGACAGUGAUCUGUUUAAUUUAGAGCAACUACAUACUGUUAACAUGGCAUGGCAAGAGACCUUCAGGACUUGCUAAGCUGGUUAAGUCCGGCUCAUUCAAAUAACUAGAUAGAUGAACAUAGGUAAUCAUGGGCAGUCAGGGCUAGGGAGUCACUGGAAGCUUACAAGAGUAAUAAGUCUAAAAAUAGCCACCAAUCUGCACCUUAAGUCAUGCACCAAGUUAAAACAGGGGCAGAUUCCCCCAUUCCCCUUUCUAUGCCAGAUGCCCUUAAUCCCCUAUGGUGUAAAUUUUUUUUCUGAGCAGAACCCCCCUCUCCCCACCCUGCACCUGUUCUGCCCCUGGUCUAGGACAAGCUUCCUUAAUGCAUGGUAGGGAUUUGUUUUACCGCUGCAUUGGUGCAAGUGGUUUGUCCCAGGUGUUUUUAUGGGAAAUUAAUUCAACAAUAUUUCAAUGCACCACAUUAUCAGGUGAAGUUAUACAGAAAUGUUGCUUUAAUCAUGUGCUGAUAAAGGUUUUAGUAUUGUUAUUAUUGUUAUUUCAGUAUUUAUAUGCUGUUUGGUGAAGGUCAAGCAGUUACUGAACCAUUAUUAUUUUUAAGUUCAUUUUACAUUAAAUAAAUUAAUGGAGAGAAAAAAGGAUUUUUUAAUUAACAAAGUUUUUUCGAAUUGAGUUAUUUAAUGUUGAAAACAGUGAAGACUGAUGGGGGCAUUAGGGGUGAAUUUUGUAGCUCUUGGAUUUGUACAUGAUGUUGAUAUAAACUUGUUCAGUUUUAGAAACUUAAUUGCCUACCAUUUUGAGUUUAUUAGCUUAGCUGGGUCAGUAUUUUUUUAUGAUCACUUGCCUGAUGAGCAGCUCAGCCCUGCCAGACAAGCGGUUGAAGACUAGUGUUCAGCAACUCUACUAAGCUAGAAAAAUGUAAGGGCAGCUUGUCCAAAGCCAUGGCAGUUACAUUACUAAAGGGCUAGGGUUGAGGAUUUUUCCUUGUCACUUUGAUAAUUUAAUCAGUAGCAAAUUAAAAUUAUAAAGGAAAAUAGAGCCAAGAGAAUUGCCUUGCUGCUCAAUGUCACUAAGUGCCCUUCUAAAUGUGCCCAUGAGUCAGAAUGUAAAUUGAAAGUCUAGUCAAGAUUUAAAUGAUUCAAAAUUUUGUAAAAUAUAGUUAAAAUGUUAUUGCAAAUUUAAGGAAAAUGUACAUAUUUUUUUUGUGGUUUUUUGUUUUAUUUCAGUGGCGGAUCCAGACUUUCAGAUAAGGGGGGGGGGUCUUACAAAUAAUUUUUUUUGCCCCCUUGUACCUCACUGUGGUCCAGAAAUAAGAGGGGGCAUGCUGGGGCCCCCCGGGCCCCUCCCCUGGAUUCACCACUGUAUUGCUUUUUCAGGGGAGGUGGUGUUUGUCGUUUCAAAGUUGAAGUUAGUUUAUUUGAACUUAAUCAGUGGAAAACCGAUGCCCUUUGUAUUUUAAGUAGUGUUGUGUACUGCGUGAGAUGUACAUAGAAUAAAUAUUUGUAGUUUCUAUCAAAUGGUAAUAAUAUUUAGAGUUAAGUCACAAUUGUUAUGUGAUAAUGACCAAUCAGUAUUUAAUUAAGAAAUCAAUAUUAUUGUUUUGGAAAAUGUAUUUGUCUUUAUCAAACAAUUUUUUUUUCAGUUGGCUGGUUUGGUCACAAAUAUUUCAGAAAAAGUUUUACGUUCAUUAAUUUUGUGAUCAUUGG